AUGCAUCCGGGGAAUCUAUGGGGUGGGAGCCUCGACGCCGUAGACAGCGACCGAGUAGCGGCGGAGGAGGAAGAGCGGCGGAGGAACAUGACGGAGUGGGACAGAGGAGCCCUCCAUUCGCAGCGGCUAACCGCGGAAAGCGAGAGGAACCAAUUGGACGAGACGCAACAGAGCUGGUUGCUUGCACCGGAAGAUAGCUGGAGAAAGAAGAGAAAAAAGUAUGUAAACCUAGGUUGUGUUUCCGUGAGCCGCACGGUCUUUAUGUGGACCGUUGGAUCUAUCGUCGUCUUGUUCCUUGUCGUUGCUCUUCCGAUCAUCAUCGUCAAGUCUUUUCCUGGUCACGAGUCUACCCCUUCUCCACCAGAUAAUUACACUCUUGCCCUCCACAAGGCUAUUCAGUUCUUCGAUGCGCAGAAAUCGGGUAAACUUCCGAAGAAAAAUAAGGUUUCAUGGAGGGGAGAUUCGGGACUAAAAGAUGGAUUGCCGGACGUGGCCGGAGGAUUGGUCGGAGGCUACUACGACGGCGGAAGCAACGCCAAAUUUCAUUUUCCGAUGGCAUUCUCAAUGACAAUGCUAAGUUGGAGUCUCAUUGAGUAUAGUCACAAAUUCAAAGCCAUCAAUGAGUAUGAUCACAUGAGAGAUGUUCUCAAAUGGGGCACUGAUUAUCUUCUUCUCACUUUCAACAAUUCUGCUAGUCGACCUGAUCAUAUCUACACACAGGUUGGUGGAGGACUUAGAGACUCAGAAUCACCAGAUGAUAUCUACUGUUGGCAAAGACCAGAAGACAUGUCCUACGACCGUCCUGUCCUCUCCGCGACUUCCGCCACCGAUCUCGGUGCUGAAGUGGCUUCCGCCUUAGCCGCGGCCUCAAUCGUCUUCACGGACAAUCCUACCUAUGCCAAAAAACUCAAAAAAGGCGCAGAAACUCUAUGGCCCUUCUUUAGAAGCAAGUCUAGACGCAACCGCUACUCAAAGGGACAGCCAAUGGCUGAGGCCUUCUACAACUCAACCAGUAUGUUCGACGAGCUGAUGUGGGCCGGUGCGUGGCUUUACUACGCCACUGGAAACAAGACUUACAUAGAAUUUGCCACGAACCCGAGUGUGCCUCAAACGGCUAAAGCUUUUGCUAAUCGGCCGGAAUUGAUGGUACCGAACUGGAACAACAAACUACCUGGAGCGAUGUUGUUGAUGACUCGGUAUAGAUUGUUCUUGAACCCUGGUUUUCCUUACGAGAACAUGCUCAAUAGGUACCAUAACGCUACUGGUGUCACCAUGUGUGCCUAUCUCAAGCAGUACAAUGUUUUUAACCGGACUUCAGGAGGGCUUAUACAAGUGAACUUGGGGAAACCGAGACCACUUGAAUACGUGGCUCAUGCUUCUUUCUUAGCUUCCUUGUUUGCGGAUUAUCUUAAUUCAACGGGAGUUCCUGGAUGGUACUGUGGCCCUACCUUUGUCUCCAGUCAUGUCCUUAAGGAUUUUGCUAAAUCUCAGAUUGAUUACAUUCUUGGAAACAACCCAUUAAAAAUGAGCUAUGUGGUUGGGUUCGGCAACAAGUUUCCAAGACGCGUUCACCACCGAGGAGCCACGAUUCCAAACGACAAGAAGAGAAGAAGCUGUAGAGAAGGAUUGAAGUAUAGAGACACAAAGAAUCCAAACCCACACAACAUCACAGGAGCUAUGGUCGGUGGACCAAACAAACUCGACCAGUUCCAUGACAUACGACGCAAUUACAACGCGAGCGAGCCUACUUUGUCUGGAAAUGCAGGUCUUGUGGCUGCUCUCGUUUCUUUAACCAGCAGUGGAGGCGACCGAAUCGAUAAGAACACUAUGUUCAACGGUGUUCCUCCUCUCUACCCUCCUACCCCACCACCCCCUAAAGCCUGGAGGCCUUAA